UGUUGAGUUGUGAAAUUAGGAGUUGUUGAUUAAUUUUCUCUAACAGCAGCUCUGGAAGUGGUGCAGCGGCAGAUCACAGCUUUAUAUUAAUACACUCCUUCUAAUACAUCACUGUUGCUAUAGUAACAGCUCCUUCCCAAUAUGGCGGACGCUGUGAGAACCGUGUAAUUGUUGAUGUGUGAAAGGUUUCUGUAAGGAGAUAUCCAUUUAGCACUGAUGGAAGGAGUCUCCAGUGUCAGUGCUUGGUAACAGUGUUUAGGACGGUUCCAUCAUGCCAGUUGAACUGGCGAUGCCACUGUAUCUGUCGAGCGAUGACUUCCAGAGCAGGAUGUCUGGGAAGUGUAAGAGGCCUCUGCGUCCGUGUCUGCACACGCGUACGGUCACUCAGUUCAGCUUCCACUCUUCUCUGCAGCAGACCGAGUCUCGGAAGCGAGAACACGGCAAGGUCAAAAAGCAGGUGUCCUUCGCCGACCACAAGGGCCUGUCCCUCGCCGUGGUGAAGAUUUUCUCCGAGUUCGAUGACCCCAUUGAUAUCCCGCUCAGCAUCCAGCAGCUGUUUGCUUCGGCACUCAACAUCUCUGAGGACGACAACAAGCUGGUGCUGGAUUUCAAGCAGCCGAGCGCGGAUUACCUGCAGUUCCGCCAGCGUUUAGAGCGAGACUCGGUCUGCCUCGAGCACUGUAUCCUGAGGGACAGGGCCAUCGCGGGGACGAUCAAGGUCAAAAACCUGUCCUACGAAAAGGCUGUGAAGAUGCGCAUCACGUUCGACACGUGGAAGAGCCACACUGACGUCGCCUGCCAGUAUGUCAAUGACACGCACCUGGGCUCUGAGUGGGACACCUUCUCGUUCGAGGUGAAUUUACCGGCCCGGGUGGAGCUGCACGAGCGCAUCGAGUUCGCUGUGUUUUACGUGGUGGACGGGAACACAUACUGGGACAGCAACCAGGGCAAGAACUAUAAAAUCACCCACUCUGCUCUGAGAAAGAAGAGCGUGAUCGACGCGAGCAGCGAACAUCUGUGCUACAGUGACCGGGACGUUUACUUCGACCGAUUCGGCAGCCCGAGGUGCUCAAACGGCAUUUUCCCUGAGUGGCCGAGCUACACCGGCUACGAGGACCUCGGCCCGUAUUACUGACUCGUGUGUAUGUAUGUGUGUGUGUGUGUGUGUGUGUGUCUGAUGUAGGUGACAUAUCCAUCUAGCAUAGAUCUGUGAGGAAUAUGAAACCAUGCCAAAUAUGCAAUCUACACAGUUUUUUUUUUUUUUUUUUGUCUGCUGUAAGAUUGGGUCUGUAGUUUUGCACUGGAGCUAUGAGAUUAACAAAUAAUGGAAGCAAAUGGCUGCUGGUUCCGCAUCAUGCCAUCUGCAUGCCCUGAGCACCAAACAUGUCUCAACUGGUCCACUUCAUCUCAGGAAAAAUCAAACAAUUUAUAUUUAUUUAGUUCACACCAGUUGGUGCACUAGCGAUCUGUAACAGCUGGAUAAACGAUCAGUCCGUGUUCGAAUUGUAUGUGAAGUGCAAAUAUGGGAUAUGUCUGAGAUUUUGUGGAAUGGAGUUUAGCUCGCUGCUGCCUUUAACGAGCACAUGAGCAACGCCACGGACUGUACAGUCAUGCGUUCGCUGGCAUGUGUAGGUAGAUGUGUGCGCUUUAAUAGAAAAACACGCACAUAGAACUGUAGAAUAAUCUUUAAUAGAAUUAAUGAAUUACUUUCUCACACUGGAAGACGUUUGUAAAUCCUGACCUGCAAACACCAGCUUUUUAUUUUCAGCUAAGGUUCAGAACCGUCAGAAUGUAAAGGUACAAAUGAUAACGAUAUAAUAUUCAAAGUGUCUAAUUUAAGAGGUUUUUGUAUGUUCAUUUGUGUAAUCCACUUGGUUUCUUAUCAGAGCAGGAAUACAGAUGUUACAGAUGUUCUUAUACAAAGUGUAAUGACAUGGAAAUGGCCACGUGGGUCUGUUUUGUUUAAUUUGUUAUUUAAUUCAUCUCUUUAAGUGUAAAAUAUGAUUUUAAGCAUUAACCUAGAGCAUCAUCCCUUUGAAGAAAAUAUUUCACUUGAUUAGGAUCACAGAAGCAAUGUGUUACGUUACAGUUUUGUCAUUUUAUCAGGUUUUUGUUCCUUUAUUUGGGUGAAAUAUUUGAUUUUUUUGCACACCUCACAUUGUACAAUUGUUUUGUAAAUGUUUUGGGAUGUUCUGUUAAUGCUUUUUAGUGUUUUAAUUCACUGCUGUUGAAUAAAGAAUUGUAUUUCUACAGUAA